UCCAUCCUUUUGUGCUAACUAGUCCGUCCUUUUGUGCUGUGGUUUCACUAAAGGAAGAAAAGAUGCGUGUGUGUACUUUCCUUUUAAAAUGUUUUUUUUUUUUCUUUAAAAACAUUUUUAUGUGAUAAAAAGCCAAACCGUUAUUUCUAUCUUUUGCACCAAAUAGUUUACUCGAUUUGUCAAGUACGUUUUUUGUUUUUGUUUUUUGUCAAGUACGUUUUGAGCACCGACAGGCUGUACGCCAUCAAUACUACAAGCCCCUCUUUUUUAAGCCUUGAUAUCUAAUUUCAGCUUCUGGUGAAAUUUCUCUAACAAAGCUAGUGACCUCCUAUUUGUUAAAUUUGGUUGGUGUCUUUUACACCCGAAUCUUUGGAGACCUUACUUUGGUAUUGAACACAGUCGACUGCCUGCCUCUUUGAAAGGGUGGAGAUUGGUACCUACUUCAGAGCGCUAUUUUGAUUCGGAAAGAACUUUGCAAACUUCACUAUGGAAAUACUAGGAUACAGAUGAAAAUCAAGAACAAUGGACAAAGAAACCACAGCUUCCUUCGACAUCAUACAUACCUCAAAAGGAUCUGCUAGACAACAAGUGCCUAAUUGAAAAAUACACACAUCUCUCCUGCAAAAAAGUCUUCUGUCAACCAUGGCAGAAAUGCAUCGAUGGGACCUGUAUCUGUAAACUCCCUUAUCAGUGCCCAAAGAAUGGCACCUCAGUGUGUUCAACUAAUGGGAAAAGCUACCUAACUUACUGUCAGCAGAAGAGUUUUGAAUGUCUUCAGCCAAGGGCAAAGUUUUUAAAUAGUGGAACAUGCAUAGCUGAAGGACAAUUUAGUGUUUCCUUAAAGUAUGGAACUACCACUUCUGAGGGAAUUGUUGAAGUAAAACUUGUAGACCAAGAUAAGAAAAUGUUCAUAUGUAAAAAAGCCUGGAGCAUAGUGGAGGCUAAUGUGGCCUGUCUUGAACUUGGAUUUCAACAAGGUGCUUUGGAGGCUCAAAAAAGUUUUGAAGUUCCUGAAGAUCUCCAUAUAAAUUCUACCGAAUGUCUGCAUGUGCAUUGUCGAGGAUUAGAAACUAGUUUGGCUGAAUGCACUUUUAUUAAGAGAAGAACAAAAAAUUACCAGGAUUUAGCUGGUGUGGUAUGUUACACACAGAAUACAGUUUCUUCAGCAAAUGACUCCUUUCGUUGUGUGAAUGGGAAAUACAUUCCUCAAAAGAAAACCUGUAAUGGUGUCAAUGACUGUGGAGACCAAAGUGAUGAGCUGUGCUGUAAAGGAUGCCGAGGCAAAAGUUUCCUUUGUAAAUCCGGUGUUUGUAUUCCAAAUAAGUAUAAGUGCAAUGGUGAGCUGGACUGCAUUACAGGAGAAGAUGAAAUUGGUUGUAAAGGUGAACGGCAUAUUGACCUGACACGUGUAUCGGGAGAUGAUGAUCACAGACCUGGACAUUCUGAAAUUAAAGAAGAAACAGAACUUUUGACUGCUAAUAUGGAUGCAGAAAGAAAACGGAUAAAGUCACUUCUCCCUAAACUAUCCUGUGGAGUUAAACCCAUCCAGCCCACUCGAAGGAAACGAGUUGUCGGAGGAAAGCCAGCAGAAGUGGGAGACUUCCCGUGGCAGGUGGCAAUUAAGGAUAAUGAGAAAAUCAACUGUGGAGGAAUUUAUAUUGGAGGCUGUUGGAUUCUAACUGCUGCACACUGUGUCAGUGUCAGUAAAGCUCACCAUUACCAAAUAUGGACAUCAUUUCUACAUCUGUUAAGACCUGAGGAAGAGCUAGUUGUUCAGCUAGCAAAUAAAAUUAUUAUCCAUGAAAACUACAAUGGAAGCAGCUAUGAAAAUGACAUAGCUUUGAUUGAAAUGAAAAAACACUCAAACAGAAAAGAAUGUGUGCUGCCUAAUUCUGUCCCUGCCUGUGUCCCCUGGUCUCCAUAUCUAUUCCAACCUAAUGACAGAUGCAUUAUUUCUGGCUGGGGCCGAGAAAAAGAUAACCAAAAAGUCUAUUCACUUCAGUGGGGUGAAGUUAAGCUAAUAGACAACUGCUCCAAGUUUUACCCGGGUCGCUACUUUGAAAAAAAAAUGGAAUGUGCAGGUACAGAUGACGGUUCCAUCGAUGCCUGUAAAGGGGACUCUGGAGGCCCCUUAGUCUGUCAAGAUAUCAACAAUGUGACUUAUGUUUGGGGUGUUGUGAGUUGGGGUGAAAACUGCGGAAAACCAGAGUUCCCUGGUGUUUACACUAAAGUGGCCAAUUAUUUUGACUGGAUUAGCUAUCAUGUAGGAAGGUCUCUUAUUUCUCAGUACAACAUAUGAAAUUGUGAUCUCUUCUGCUCUUUUCCUCUUGGGAGUUGGAUUUUGAUUGAAAUGAUACUACAUGAUUAGUACUUCUCUAGGGAAAAAAAUAAUAAAGCACAUUUUAUUGGAUAUUUUUAAAGAUCUCUAAAAAAGCCAUAUUAGAACUUUGCUGUAAAUUAUCAAAUAAAUAUUUUAGUCGAGCA